AUGAGGUGGAUGCUCAUUCACGCAUUCGUCGUGCUUGCCCACCUCCUCACAUCAACAUUUGCCGAUGUCACUUGUCCACGAACCCCAGAAAAAUGUACUUGUAAAGUGAGUGUCUCAAAAAAUCUGAUAGUGCUGGAGUGUGACGGAGUCGAUGUUCGAUCGAUAGCUCAGAGUAUCGGAACGAAUCGAAUCGACGAGUUGCACAUUUCCAACGGAAAGGAUGUGAAGAUCGACGCGUUGCCGUUCACCGGUCUUCGUACCAUCGCCAUCGUCAACUCGACGCUUGAGUCGUUUGCGCCAACGGCAUGGAGACACGUGGAAUCCACCAUCGAGCACAUCACAAUCACCGGGAAUCGACUGAAGACGGUACCGGCGUUCGGGAACUUGACGACUCUGAUGUCGUUGAAUCUGAACAGUAAUGAGAUCUCAUCAAUUCCUGAUAAGGCGCUCGGUGGUCUCUCGGCGUUGACACAAUUACGGCUGGAAGACAAUAAGAUUUGCGACUUUCCGACGAAAUCUCUCGACGGGGUCAAACAAUCGUUGGUGCUGCUCGAUGUUAGUGGAAAUUGCCUCUCGACGAUCCCCGCACAGAUUCUUCGCAAUGCAGCCAACUUGAUGUAUCUGGAUCUCGGAAGCAAUAAUAUCAGCGAAAUUAACAAUUUCGAGCUCAUGAACUUGCCGUUUUUGAGAGAGCUCCGUGUGCAAAACAACUCACUUCGGCGGAUUCACCCGAUGGCGUUUAUGAAUGUGCCACAGUUGCAGUACCUGUACCUUCAGGAUAACAUCAUCUCGACACUUGAUGGAAAUCGCUUACAAGCGUUCAAAAAUCUCGAGGUUCUUGAUGUGAGCAACAACGCGCUUUAUGCGCUCCCAUCACUCAAAGAUCUUCCAAACUUGAAACAAGUUCGAGUUGAUGGAAAUUUGAUCUCGAAAAUCGACACGUUGGCAUUCUCAAACAACCCGAAGCUGCAGCUCAUCAGUAUCCAAAAUAACAACAUCGUUCAAAUUUCUCGCAAUUCCUUUGAAUCGCUGGAUAAGCUCGUAGUGCUUUUGGUUGGAAACAAUAGUCUCGCGAAGAUUGAACGUGGAAUGUUCGACGGCAUGAAGAACCUCCAGCAGUUGAGCAUUCGGAACAACACUCUCACCUCACUCGAUGCCUCCUCGUUCGCUCAACUUCCCCAUAUGACAACGCUGGAUUUGGGAUACAACAAGAUUCAGAAAAUCGAGGAAGGAACGUUUGACAAGCUCGUGAAGCUGUUCUGGCUGGAUUUAUCCAACAACGAGAUCUCUGGAUUCCAGACGAAUGUGUUCAAAAAGAAGAUCUCGAAUAUUCUACUCGACGGUAACAAAUUGAUUUGUGAUGAAUCGAUCAAUGAGUUCCUGACCUACCUCGUUGCCAACAAGGUUCGCACGUUCUUGCCGUUCCAACAAGAGAUCACUUGCCAUGGACCGGAGAAGUAUGCAGGCGUUCGACUGAAGGAUUUGAUGAUGAAGAAGGCGAAUGAGACGAUUAGUGAGGGAACAAGACUGAUGGGUAUUCCACAGGCGAACAACAAUCACAAUCUGCUCUCUUCAUUCCUCCCGUCACUGGGUCCACUUGGAAACAUGAAUGCGGCGAAUGUUCCUCUUGUCAAUACUCUUACUAAUACGAUCCCUGCGCUUCGCUCAAUCCCUGGAUUCGGUGGUGCUGCUCCAACUGGGACCGGUGCCGCUUCAGUACCAAACAAACAUCUGAACGAUGCCAUCGAAGACUUCACCGGACCACUUGUCAGAUUCGCCACUGGUGGACAACCGGUUGCCAGUGACAUCGAACAGCUGAUUCGCUCGAUACCGAAUAUGGUUGUCAACGUUCCAGGAUUCGGAGAUGUCGAUUUGAGUAAAAUGGACCCCACAAUGAUUCAGUACGUGUUAAACGGUGGUCAAAUUCCUGGAAUCGACAAGGCGACUCUUGAAUCGAUUGUGAAGCAGGCAAUGAAGAAGAUGCACACUGCAGCCGCUGCGAAUCUCGCUGGGAAUCCAAUCGAUGGGCAAGACAAGGUUCUUCCACCUCUCGAGAAGCUUCCAUCGGAGUUAGUGACGCAAGUGAUGUCAGGAGAACCGCUUCCAGGUCUUGACAAAGAUCAGACGAAGACUAUCAUGGAGUACUAUACUCAUCAAAUGCCUGGAAUGGAUGGCAUCCCAGCUCGCCCCAUUCAAAAUCAAGGGAAUGCCUCGACGAGCAUGUUCAAUCCAGCGAUGUUCGAUUUGCUCAAGAUGCUUCCACCUGGAUACAACUUGAGCAAGAUUCCGAUGGAAGUGAUCACUGCAGUGACACGUGGCGAGGUGCCUGACAUGCGUCUACUUCCUCAAGAUCUUUUGGAGCAUUUCAAACAGCACACCUCUUCGCUGACUUCGAUGUUUGCUGGAGCAACGGCUAAGAACAUUUCGAUCGAAGAGAUUCUUGAGAAGCUUCCAGUCUUUGUGCGGCCAGAACUAUCAACGUUCGUGCCCUACGAUAUCAAUGAGCUGACAAGUGAGAUGGUUCUGGAGCAAGAGCAAAACGAGAGACAUCGUCACAUUCGAAUGAUCACUGCAAUCGCGUUGGCUUUCGUGGGUGCCGUUACUGUAUGCGUCUUGAUAUUCUUCGUCAACUAUACCAAGAAACAGAGGAGAGCGAGGAAGAGUUUCCUCCGCUCAUCACCUACCUCAUCCGGUCCAAGUGCCGCCAACAACUCGCACCACUCAUCGGCAGCACCUUCUCCAAUCCGGCCUCCGAUGAUGUCUAUCCCGAAGACGCCUAUCAAUAGGACUCUGGAGAGCACCUUCGGCCAGCCCCAGCUCUGCUCCACGCUCAUCGACACACCACAAGUGAAUAGGAGUCGUCCAUAA